CUUUGAUCUCCAUGCAGUCGAUGGCACCCCUGCCCUUACUUUGCACAGGGCUCCCUAUUCCCACUCACUUCGCCCGAGGCUUUGGGUCAGUCUGUCGGGGGCACAGGCAUCCUCACCCCGCUCCCUCCACCUCCCUCCCUCGCUCGACUUCCCUGUGUUUUAUGUCUGCGUCACAACAAGUCGGUCGAGAGAGAGGCAGAGAUGAUGGCGCCUCUCGCUGCUUGAUUCUCAUGCAGCAACUGGCAAACACGCUUAAUAACAUCAAUAAGAAGAGGAAAAGGAGGGGGGGGGGGGAGAGAGACGGGAACAUGACGAAACGGCGUCGCGAAAGACAGAGAGAGAGAGAGACGGACGGACAAACACCUUUACACUGACGGGUUGACUGACACAUCCGCUUGGCACGGGCACAUACGUUCUAUAGCACACACGUACACAUACUAAUAGUAAUUGCGAGGAGGGGAAAAUCGGAGAAAAAUCGUUUGAUGUCAAGCUUGUGUUGUUAUCGAUGUGACCCAACGGAGAACAGUUCGACUUGACAGGAUGGGUGGAGUGAGUGAAGGAGAUGAUGUCUUGGCUCGAUGGAGUGAUGGACUACUAUACCUCGGCAACGUCAAAAGAGUAGAUGGAGUAAAACAGUGUUGUUUGGUGAGAUUCGAAGACAACUCUGAAUUCUGGGUCCUGAGGAAAGACAUCCACUCUUUUUCUGUGGGAAUAGAGGAAGUUUGCUGCAUCUGCGAUGGCCCGCCCCUCAAAGAACCUUUGAUAAAUUGUCUCAAGUGUCGGCAUGGUUAUCAUCCUGAGUGCCACAUUCCGUCCAUCGAUCCCGAUGCCGACAGCAACACCUGGAUAUGUCGGCAAUGCGUCUUCGCUGUCGCAACCAAGAGAGGGGGGGCAUUAAAACGUGGAAGAUUUGCCCGCCUCAUGCAGUUGAUGAAGGUGAAGCUGCCCUAUCAGCUUUCAGCUUUGGAUUGGGACCCUCAACAUCUGACCAAUCAACAGCAGUGUUACUGUUACUGUGCCGGCCCUGGGGAGUGGAACCUGAAGAUGUUACAGUGCGGUAGCUGUGGUCAGUGGUUUCAUGAAGCCUGUACUCAGUGUCUGGCCAAACCGCUACUGUAUGGAGACAGAUUCUACGAGUUCCAGUGCUCAGCCUGUACGAAUGGACCGGAAACCAUUCAAAGGCUACCAAUGAGCUGGGUAGAUUUGGCUCACUUGGUGCUGUAUCAUCUCUCAUUGUGUUGCAAGAGGAAGUACUUUGACUUUGACCAUGAAAUUCUGUCCUUCACCAAUGAGAACUGGGAUUCUUUGCUGCUAGGAAAGCUGUCGGACACACCCAGACAAGAUCGUUGUCACAAUCUCCUCAAUGCUUUAAACUCCCAUAAAGACAGGUUUGUCUCUGGUAAAGAAAUCAAGAAGAAGAAGUGUCUGUUUGGCCUUCAAGUCCGUGCUCCUCCACCCUUGACCUCUGACCUAUCACCCCUCAUCACUGACCCUCCCAUCAACAUCUCGCACAGGAGAAGCCCAGUGUCCUCGCCCUGCCAGAGAAGAGCGGCGGAGCCGGAAUCACGCAAAUCGAAACGCCGCAUCAUAGAGGCCCAGCCCCACCCACAAGACGCUGCAGCCAAUCCAAUCGAUUUGGUGCCCUGUUACCAUGGUUACGCAGGUGGGACUGGCCUCUACAACUCCAGAAAAUCAGAUGAUGAAAUAAACUUAGGAUCUCCUCCUAAGAGGAUGUUUGCUCUCUAUCACCCCUCCUACAACGGAGCACAAAAUCUUUCCCGGGCUUUGCAUCAUUUCAGCGUGGAGGAUCCCUGCAGCCUUCCGCCGCCCUGCCUUCCUUUCCCUCGCUCAUCUGCCCACCAGCCUGGCCAGAAACCAGACCUGUGCCCCACGCUCUUCCUGCGUGAUGUCACAUCCUAUUCUGGCGGGGUUUCUGAGGGGGAGGGGUCAGCGCAGGAGAGGGGGUGGGGAGGUGGGGAAGCCGUCAGGAUCUUGGCGAGACGAGUAACACCAGACGGGAAGGUUCAGUACCUAGUGGAGUGGGGAAAUGUAAGUGUGUACUGAGAGAGGGAGGCAGGGAGGGAGGCAGGGAGGGAGAGAGAGAGGGAGAGAGAGAGGGAGAGAGAGAGGGAGAGAGAGGGAGAGAGAGAGGGAGAGAGAGAGGGAGAGAGAGAGGGAGAGAGAGAAACAAGGACAGCAAGCCAGUCAGUGCAGAACGGUUCGGCAAGGUGGUGUCGUAGGAACAAAGAAAAACUAAAGGCAUAAAGACCGAGAUGGAUGUAGAUGGGUUGACCUUAGAGACAUUUCAACUGCAAAGUGGCAGUGAAGAAUGCUGCAAGGUGAACAGAGAGCCCACAGAGCUGCCUCCAGCCAGCAGGAAAUACCAUGGUAACAAAGCAUCUGCUCCAUGCCUCCACAGUGUACAGCUUCCUCCUGUGUUGCCCAUGUUUCUCUUGUCUUCGAAUUCCUUUAUAUAUCAGUGCGACUGUUUACAAUGGUGGCCCUCGCCUCACCGCCUUGCAGACUUGAAGGAAGAAGCACCGCGACGUUUACAUCACUCUGCCUUCGUUUAGUCUUUCGGUUUAAACUUUCGGUGCCGGUAUUUUUUUUUUUUUUGUUAACUUUAACAUCAACAAAAUAAUACAAAGUCAUUUCACUUGUUUUAUACGAACCGCUAUAGACUCAUCACUUACAUCUUUAACCUUUUGAUAUUUAGUUGUUCCAUUUCUAUAAAGUAAUUGCUACUACACCUAUAGCUAUAUUUUUCCUCUAUGAAGCCCAAUAACAUGACAUCAUAACAGAGAAAUGGUGAUUUUUGUUUGACGGAAUAUCUGAUACAGGGCCCAGUUGAAAAAUAUAGUUCUGGGCCAGCAUGGAAAAUGGUUAGGUUACAUUUUAUGUAGAGUAAAUAAUACCUGAAUGGAAGAACAAUGUUCAGAAUGAUAUCAAUUCAGUUGCUGGACAAGCUUUCACUGGGCUAAAAAAAAUUAUGAUGGUAAGGUUGAGAAUGUCACAUGACAUUGUCACAUGACGUCCCGAUUGUGCAGUCGCAAUGCCAGUUUGUUUGCUGUUUCAUCAGAGAUCCGGAAUAUUAUCAGUCAGCUUGAUCCUUGUGAACAGGAACAGCUAACAUACAUUCAUCUGACCCUGGGGCUGUUGUGCAUUGUGUUACUCUGUGGAAAAAUCUGAAGUAGUCAUUAAAUGAAAUGUUUAGAAAUUCAGAUGUGCAAUUCAAAACCAUGAGCAAAAAGGCUUUUAAGUAUUUUACAAAUCUGGAUAAUUCUGUAGAGGCAAAAGAAUACGUGCGAUUUUAGGCUCAAUUUUGGGAUAUUUUUCUAUGAAAGUACUAGUACUGUAGCCUAAAAAUAUACAGAAGAACACUAGUGUAUGUAUUCAUGUGGAUUGUGGGAAUGUUUUGGAAUCUGGAGUGUUAACUUGGCUGAAAUAUAUUAAGUCCUGCCCAGCAAUGCAUGAAUGCAGAUGUGAGACACUGUCCUGUCACAUGUAAGGUAGCUUUAGAUCAUUUUCAGAGAAUUUGGUUGUUGUUACAUACAUAGAAGGGAUUUGCACCAUUUGUUAGUGAAUGGUAUUGAAUGUUCUAGUGCCAUCUUUCCAUGGGAUAAUCCACUGCCCUGUCGGUCGAUUGCCUGGUAUUACCCAGGCACACACACGCGACAGGGCCGAACUGUGAGCCCAGAACUAACGGUGAAUUAACAUAUAAAAACCUGUAGCACUGGGUUUGUUGUCAAGUCCAAUUUGGUUUGAUGUAUUGUUUGAGUUUUGUAAAAAAUAACUUUAUACUUGUCCCCUGGGGUAGCUAAACCAUACACAUUAAACAAAUAAAAAAAAAA